CGAAACGGCCCUAAGUCGGGGUACGGCGCGCGGACUGGGCGGGGCGGUGAGCGGAGUCGCGGGGAGAGACCGAGGCGCCGGCCGCUGGGGCAGCAGCGCAGCGCCACCGCCGACAUGGAGCAUCUAAAAGCCUUUGAUGACAGAGUCAAUGCUUUUUUGGACUAUAUGUUUGGACCUCGAGAUUCUCGAGUCAGAGGCUGGUUCCUGUUAGACUCGUAUCUUCCCACCUUUUUUCUUACUGUAAUUUAUCUGCUUUCCAUAUGGCUGGGUAACAGAUACAUGAAGAACAGGCCUGCUUUUUCCCUCAGGGGCACCCUCACUUUGUAUAAUCUCGGAGUCACACUUCUUUCUGGAUACAUGCUGGCAGAGCUUAUCCUCUCCACUUGGGAAGGAGGUUACAACUUACAGUGUCAAAAUCUUUCCAGUGCUGGGGAAGCCGAUGUCCGGGUAGCUAAAGUCUUGUGGUGGUACUACUUCUCCAAAUCAGUAGAGUUCCUGGAUACGAUUUUCUUUGUUUUGCGAAAAAAAAACAGCCAAAUUACUUUUCUUCAUGUUUACCAUCAUGCUUCUAUGUUUAACAUCUGGUGGUGUGUUCUGAACUGGAUACCCUGUGGACAAAGUUUCUUCGGUCCGACACUGAACAGCUUUAUUCACAUCCUCAUGUAUUCCUACUAUGGGCUUUCAGUGUUUCCUUCCAUGCACAAGUAUCUCUGGUGGAAGAAGUACCUCACACAGGCUCAGCUGGUGCAGUUCGUGCUCACCAUCACACACACCUUGAGCGCUGUCGUGAAACCCUGUGGCUUCCCCUUCGGCUGCCUCAUCUUCCAGUCUUCUUACAUGCUCACAUUAGUCUUCUUGUUUCUAAAUUUUUAUGUUCAGACAUACCGAAAAAAGCCAAUGAAGAAAGUUACAGAAGAAGCAUCUGUGGGAAAAGAAGUUAAGAAUGGCUUUGCCAAAGCUUAUCUCACUGCAGCUAAUGGACUAGACAAGAAAGCUCAAUGAACAUCCAGUAAUAGAAAAAGCACAUAACUGUAUAACAGAUUCGCUUGUUUUAAAGCAAAGACUGAAUUGAAAGUUUUAUAUAUAUAUUAGCAUAAACUAACUUCUUUUGUGUCUAUAAGUCAUUUGUAUCUGGGAUGUGUUAAUAUAUUGCUAUUAGGUUACUCUGUUAGCCGAACGCUUCCUCAGCUCCUCCUCCCAGCACAGACUGAACCCCUCACCAGAAUCUCUUUAUAAUGCCUUAUAUACACACAGAGCCAGGAAUAUAAGAGCGUUGUUUUUCAUAAGUAGUUUUCCCUCAAGAAAAGUUAGUCUCCUUCAGAUUAAAAUGUUGAAAAUAAAAUGUUAAUUACCAUCUAAAUAGACUAGGUUCUAAUUAAUACUAAAGCAAUAACUGCCUGUGUAUGAAGUAGUGAGUUCAUUUAGGAACAACCCCAGAAAUUACUGGAAGAGGUUUGUAAGUGAAAGAAACAGCAAGCAGAACUUGAAGCUAGAGUCUGUUCAUGGAAUACCCAUUUUUAUUUAGAAAAUAAAUGUCAAAUCCUCAUGGCUCAGGGGCUUGCAAAGUUAUUCCUCAGUUUUAAUGUCUCCCCUAAUUACGCAUGUAUUCCCACAUUUCAUAUUAAAAGUAGCAUCUGAAGUGGCUGCCCAUUUUCUCAACAAGGAUGCCAGUCCACGUUGCUGUAUUCUUGGGAACCAUAUUUGCAAAUCAGAACCAAUAGAAAGGGGCAAAUUGGACCUUGAAUCUGCCAGCAUUUUCUUGUGUGCCUACCUGUUAGUACUGCCCCCAAAUACCUAUCACUCUCUGCAAAUUAAAGUUUUUCAAAGAGGGAGGGCAUGGAAAGAGUCCAUGAAGAAAAAUGUCAGUAGAGCAAACUAGGGUCAAACACAAAAAGCAGGGGGAAGCCUCAGUGUGUACCUUCUCUCUCCCUAAGUUGGUGUGAAUACUAAUGGUCCAAAACUGUGAAAAGAACAAUCUUUGAAGAGUCUGUUGAAAGGUCACACACACCCUAUGAAACUGAAAUUGCCAGUAUCCUUUAAACAAGCUUGCCGACAUGGGCACUUGAUACACAUCAACUUUUUUUUUUAAGUCUUAAUGUUGACAUCAGAUGUUUAAGUGCUAGGAAGGUAUGUACAUCAUGCCACCAGCAAGUCAGUCUGUUUGAAAGUGCCUUUUUAUUUUUCCCACAUUCACCCCCUUAACAGUCAUUUUUUAAUUCUAUUCCCUGUUUAAAGAAAAACACUGACUUUUGGUACUGUGUUUCUGAUGUUUUGUGUAAAGUACCCUUUCAGAAGCUGGCCUGCUUUUUAAAGAGAGACUGCCCUUGGUGAAUGUGUGUUGCCCUCCAGUAGGUCUUCUCUAGAGUAGAUCCAGUUCUGUUCAACAGUUUUGUCCUUGGGUUGAUUUUUCUAAACCAGUGUUAAGACUUAGGCUCUCAGGUGCUCGGUCCCCACACUUCCAUCGCAUAACUAUUAAUAAGCAUUGUUCUGCCCCCAGAGAUGUAUUUUAAAACAAGGGCUAGCUUUGAGGCUGACUAGUACUGCUUCUGAUAAAACACAUUUGAACUCAACACUGGAGCGAAAAUCUGUUACCAGUGUGCAUUAUCAACUCAGACGGAAGCUAAAAAAAGACACAUACUACUGGUCACUAAGUCCAGCUUAUCCUUAACUGUCACCAAGGCAGCCUCCUACCCCUACCUGCAGUUUUGGGAGCAUUCAGGGGUUCUUAGGUACACAACAAAGAGGGAACAUUCUCAGCAGAACUACAAGCAGCUUGAAACCUCAAAUCAAAGUGGAAAAAAAAAAAAUCCUGCACAGUUUACACUUGCAAGGCCAGUUUCCUCAGAAGACUCAGAAUGUCUAUUUGCAAUUUGGUAUUUAAUUCUAUUGAAGUUGAAUGUAACACGAAUAGCCUUAAGACAUUCAAGGGCUGGUAGAAACAGAGCUGUGAAAUCUUGCUACAGACAUUCAUUGAAUCAGGUAAAUAUUUUAACAUGUCAGUGAACAAAACGGGUAAUGGCUUAUAGCAAACUCUUUAAAAAAAAGAUGUAAAAUGUUUUUUCCAGCUAAAUUUUUAUCUUAGCCAUAUGAAUAAAAACACCCUCAACUUUUAAAACUAACAAAAUAGAACAUUUACCUAGUGAAAGUCAACAUACAGUUUUGACCAUCAGAGUGAUGUGCUCAACUAUUCAGGCUAUUUGGAUAAAAUCUUCCCUACUCGUGUGUGAUACAUGCAUUUUUAUUUUAAGGUAAGAUUCUAUUUACUGUGAGGAGUAGGGCAGCAUUUUGUGUAUAAGAGACCAUUCUAGUUCUUUCCAGUAUUCCCGUAUCUUUUAUGAAAAAUACGGAUGUCACUUUUUUAUUCCCUUUGAAAUUUCUUGUAUCUUAAGAUCAUAGGAGAGGGAGACAGGAGAAAGUUUUUGUGUUUUUUUUUUUUUUUUUUUUUUUUUUGGUAGACAGAAAAAGCAUUUUGAGUGGCCAGGCAGUGGCAUACCUGGUUAAGCAUACACGCUGCAGUGUUGCAAGGUUGCAGGUUCAAGCCCUUGGCCCCCACCUGCUGGGGAAAAUCUUCACAAGCAGUGGAGCAGGGCUGUAGGUGUCUCUCCCUCUUCUCUCAAUUCCUCUCUUUCUCUAUCCAAUAAUAAAUAAGUAAAACCAUUAAAAAGCAUUUUGUGUGACUGUUCUAUAAUAAAUUGAUUUUUACACUACA